AUGUAUGAGGAGUUUGUUCCUGAAUGGAAUGACCCGAUACCUGACUCUCCUCCCGCAUCCUUUAACCAUGAUCAGUUUGCUGGAUGGUUUCAUCUGCCAGCACUUAAACAUUUGGAAAUUUGGCUCUGGGAUACUGCAAGACUCAAGGAGCGACCACAAGACCUCAACAACUUACAAACUCUUGUCCUCGCUCGCUCAACUAUUCCUGAAGAAGAUGUCCCCUUCAUCCUUAAUCGAACCACUUCUCUACAGAACCUUCAUCUAGGAUUGGCAUAUUCAUAUUACUGUGGAUAUGUCUUCGAAAAGAGUGACUGCAUUGUUCGUGCAUUAGACUCUGUCAGCAACACUGUGGAAAGACUCUCUGUGGGUCUAGAUCACUAUCCAGUUGUAUUUAAUGAGAGGGACUUUAAUGGAACAGAAGUAACUCGAUAUGAGCAUGUACAAGAGGCAUUGAAGAAGUUCACCUGCCUCAAAACAGUUGAACUGCCCAUCUGCCUCUCAGUCAGUUAUGAUGUAUAUCCUGACAAUGACGUUGACCUGAGCACUAUCUGGCCAGACACACUGUGCGAGGUUGGCCUGAGAAUCGACAUGAAAGCCGGUCACGAGAAUGAGUGGGAUGAGUUGAGGAUGGUUGAUUGGGUGUAUGAUGUUCUUCUGAAGCAGCGAGAUGCGGUCCCACAUCUCCAAUGGAUCAUCAUUCGGUUUUGGGAACCGUUUUAUGAUGACCUUUGGCAAGAAGACGAGAAACGGUUACAAGCCAAAUGUGAAGAAAUAGGCAUUCCUCUCGAAUUCGUGAACGAUGAUCUUUCCUGGGGAUUGUGGACGCGGACAAUUCCGUAG